AUGGGCUUUCGAGGCUGGGUGGUGUAUGGGUCCUCUGUACCGAGGUUCUUCUCCUGCUUCUAUCCAGUGCGUGGAUUCACGAUGUGGCCGUGCGUCUGCAUUCGCGAGUCGAAGGAGGAACUUGAAGGCGAAUACAUCGAAGAGUUCAUCAACCACGAGCAGAUUCAUAUUGCCCAGGCCUCGGAGAUGUGCUGCAUCUUCAUGUACUUGCUCUGGGUCUUCGAUUUCUUGACGGAAAGAGCUUCCUGCAUCUUCAUACUCCACAUGUCCGAGGGGCCAUCGCUCAUUUCCUGUGAGCCCGUCGCCUGCGAGGAUUUUGGUGCCAAGUAUGAGAGCAUCUCGUCCAAGGUGUGCGGCUGGGCUGGCGAGCUUGGGAAGGACCAUGACCUAAGACAAGGAACUGACUGUGCGCGGCUUUUCUCACAGCCGGCACCUUUCCAGGUUAGUGCAGAAUUUCCCAGCAGCGAGCUGAUUCCGACUGCACAACGGCAGCCUCGUGUGGACUUCCUCAGCAGUGCCGCGGCCAUGAAGAGCAUUUUUCGGGCAUCCUUUGACACGGAGUCCGAUGUGGGUGUUACGGUGCAUCGUCUGGGCGAUUGGUUGGUCAUCGAUGAUGGCAGCGAGCUAUCAUGGUCGCCAUCUCCCGGCAGCCCAGAGAACACUGCAUGGACGGAACGCAUCCGCAGCGCCGAGCAGCAGCAUGACGAAUGCUUGGCCAAAGUAGAGGCAGCCAGGCUAAAGCUCUUCGACUCGCAACAGUAUGUUGAGAAGGUCCGAUCCAUGUUGUGGAACGCAGAAGUGGCUGCAAAGCAAGCCGAUGACGAACUCCGCGAGGCGCUUGCAGAGGCCGAUCAGGCGGCUGCAGCUUGUGAACGCUUAAAAGCUCAAGACACCGCACCAUUAAUUGAGUCAGCGGAACCUGACGGACGAGGCGAUACUUUCAUGGAAGAGGAUCCCACUCAAGCGGAUGCGAGCUAUCAGGAAGAUCCUGAACUGUAUCGCAACUUCUUGGGGCACUCCAUCCGCCAGUUGCAGGACGAGCCCGCUGAAUCCGAAAGUACAAAACACAAGGAGCGCGAGGUCCACACUUCACCGGCUUGUCAAAAUGGCGAGCUGGUGCUUCUGGACAGCCCGCCCGCAUCUUUUCAUCAGGUUGGCAUCUGGAAGAUAGCCGACGAUGCUUCAGUUGUCGUUGGCAGUCGUCUGCUUUGCCUGGGGAAUUCGGAGCAUCCGAAGUUGACGCUGUAUCUGCACGACGACAGAGUGAUCUCAGACACGAUGUUGUUGGAACACUGGGUUGAGUGUCUCAUGGCUGGGGUUCCGGAGUUCGCCAUCUGCUUUCACCGGGACGGCGCUGUUCAGUCAUACUCACUGUACAAAGUGUCGGAGUUACAGAGCUUCCUUGAAGAAAGAAUGGAGCUCGGCAGGCGGGUGCAGAUGACGUUAGAAGUGCUGCGCUGGAUCAAACGACAGUGUCGACUUGAGGGCUGCAGCUAUUGGCUGUCAAAGGACAAGAAAGAUUCAGCUCUAAAGCUCAUGAAGUUGCCCAGGGCCGAUGCUACGCCCAACAGUGAUGCACGCCCCCUUCCGCUUUGCAGUUCCGCCGCAGCACCACAAGGGUUGGUCCUGAAAAACACUUUCCUGGACAUCCCGGAUGAGGACUCGGAGUGUGGGGACUUCCGUCGAGCCUUGAGCUGCCCAGCUCGUUUUCUGUGCGAGACGAUGGACGACCUGUCGCACGUGUCCCCUCUCUGCGGCAGAGUUUCUGCGCUCUUCUUCAGACGUGCCGUGUCCUCCCCGCCGAGCCUCGCUGCCGCCCACUUCUUUCGCCAGGUCUUGGACCUGGAGGCCUUCAGCACGAACUCGGGCAUCGUCUGGUCAGGAGCCGUGGACGAGACGGGAGGGCCAGCACCAGAUGGCACCGGCGGACGAGCGGCCCUGCAG